AAAUAUAUUCAUUCUUCCUUCCUGUGAUUUAGUUUCCUUUCAUAUUCUGUAUAUACAUACAAUACAUACAUCACACGUUUCCCCCCUUACAUUUUAAAUCCAUAAAUCAAUCAAUCAAAUCGCGCAUUUUCCGGUCACCGCAAUUAUCUCCGAUCGCCGGCAAUCUCUCACUACGCACACAGGUGGAUAUUCCUGUGUAUGGAGGAGUUGAUUUAUUGGGGGAGAAGCUUUCGCCACUAAUAUUGCUUCUUGUUCAUAUUUUAGAUUUCAUAUAAACAUGAAACUGGACCCCCAUAAAUCAAUGUCUGCAUAUCCUAAGACGAUUCUACCAAUUGCAGCUUCAGUGGGGGGACUUGCCUUCUUUUUGGCUUUUGCUUCCUUGCUUCUAGUCUACCAGCCAAUUGGUACUAAAGUUAGUGGGUAUUUUUAUAAUGUAGAUCAAGCCCCCAAAAUUGCUAUCGUGUCGUCUUACAAUGAAACUAGUAUAAUAGAGAACCCGGUGAGUGAUACAGAAACAAAAGGGAAGAUUGUUGAAUCAAAUACCAGCAACACUAUUGAUUCAGGUCUUGAAAAGACUAUCGACUCAGAAUCUAAAAAGACUGCCGAUUCAAGUAAAGACAAGACCAUUGACUCAGAUACUAAAACAAAUGCCGAUUCAAGUAAUGACAAGACUAUUGAUUCAAAUACCCAACCGAGUGCUGAUUCAGCUCCUGACAGGACCGUUGAUUCAGAUACUAAAACGACUAUUGAUUUAGGUCCCGAUAAGAUUGUUGAUUCAGAUGUUAAAAUGUCCACUGAUUUAAAUGCUGAUGAAACUGCUGAAUUAGAUACCAACAAGACUGUUGAUUUAGAUGUGAACAAGACUGUUGAUUUAGGUAUCAACAAGACUCCUGAUUCGACUACCAAAAAGAUUGUAGAUUCAGGCUGUGAUUUGUAUCAUGGGAAAUGGGUUUAUGAUUCAGCUGGACCGCUAUACUCAAACAACUCAUGCCCUGUGUUAUCACAGAUGCAGAACUGCCAAGGAAAUGGUAGGCCCGACAAGGACUAUGAGAAUUAUCGAUGGAAACCCACUGAAUGUAACCUCCCCAGGUUUGACCCCAAAGGGUUUUUGGACUUAAUGAGAGGAAAGACGUUAGCAUUCAUAGGUGACUCGGUUGCCAGAAAUCAGAUGGAGUCGAUGUUAUGCAUACUUUGGCAGGCUGAAGUCCCAAUAAACCGUGGGAAUAAAAGAAUGCAGCGUUAUUAUUUCCGAUCAACAUCCACCACAGUUAUUAGGAUAUGGUCAUCGUGGCUUGUUCAUAAAACAACGGAGAAAUUUGAUUUUGCUCCCGAUGGUGUAGACAAGCUCCAUCUUGAUGCCCCAGAUGAAAAUUUCAUGGAUGUCAUUCCCAGCAUUGAUGUUCUUGUACUUUCCUCGGGUCACUGGUUUGCAAAACGAUCCGUUUACAUUUUAAAUAACGAGAUCGUGGGUGGACAGUUAUGGUGGCCUGAUAAUUCUCGCAAGAAGAAAAUCGAUAGUACUGAAGCUUUUGAGAUAUCUGUAGCAACCAUUAUAACUUCCCUUGUGACAAACCCUGACUACAAAGGUUUGACCGUGGUGCGUUCAUAUUCACCUGAUCACUAUGAAGGUGGAGCUUGGAAUACAGGCGGGUCAUGCACUGGCAAGGUCAAACCUGCAGUGGAUGGUAACUUAGUCGAGAGUGGGUUCACAAAUACAAUGCAUGACAAACAAGUAUCAGGCUUUAAUCGUGCUACAAAGAAUAUAACUAAUAAAUCACGGGUGGCAUUUAUGGACAUCACAAAAUCGUUUGCUUAUCGGCACGAUGGCCAUCCGGGCCCAUACCGGAGCCUUGACCCAAAUAAGAUUACAAAAAGGAGUGCGGAUGGGCGACCGCCGCCACAGGAUUGUUUACAUUGGUGUAUGCCAGGCCCAAUCGAUACAUGGAAUGAGUUUUUGUUGGAGACCAUAAGAAGAGACUUUGAGGCCUGAGGGUUCAUGAGAUGAUGAUUUUUAGACAGUCUUAGAGGAUUCCAUAUACAGGGUAUAGAGCAUGAACCAGUUCAGUUGUACCAUGUUGUAACAGGCUGCUGCUAAUAUAUUAAGUUUAACUUUUCAUUGUUUCAUAUAUAUGUUGAUAAAUUAUGAUAUGAGUUCCUUAGUUUUACUAAGUUUUAUACAAGUAUCUGAUCACUUAAAUUA